AUGCGUGCUGUGCGUGUGAUCCGCCCCGCUUUGCGCUCACACGGGCCCCUGAUGCUUAUGCCCAGGGCAGCUCCUGCUAUGCGUUCUGUCGCAACGAGUGCUACUGCUUUCAGCCUGCUUUCUCGCCACGCGCGCCCUGCGGCGGGGCGUCUCGAGACACUCGCGGCUGCGCGGCAGUGCCGCACCUACGCCACGCCCUCCGAGCUGCCGCUCGCCACUGACGUGCAGACGAGCGAGGCUGACGUGGCGCGCCUGCUGCGCCAGCGCAACGUGGGUAUCAGCGCGCACAUCGAUAGUGGCAAGACCACCCUGACUGAGCGCGUGCUGUACUACACGGGGCGCAUCAAGGACAUCCACGAGGUCCGUGGACGCGACGAGGUCGGUGCAAAGAUGGACAGCAUGGACCUGGAGCGCGAAAAAGGUAUCACGAUCCAGUCCGCCGCCACAUACUGCAACUGGAAGGCUACGCCGCCGACUGAGCGCAGCAACAUGACGGGCGAUGGCGCGGACGAGUCAGACUCGACGGCGCGCAAGGAAGACUACCACAUCAACAUCAUCGACACGCCCGGGCACGUCGAUUUUACCAUCGAGGUCGAGCGCGCGCUGCGUGUCCUGGACGGCGCCGUGCUUGUGCUGUGUGCCGUGUCGGGAGUGCAGUCGCAGACCAUGACCGUCGACCGCCAGAUGCGCCGCUACUCGGUGCCGCGCCUCUCGUUUAUCAACAAGAUGGACCGCGCGGGCGCGAACCCGUGGCGUGUGAUCGAGCAGAUUCGCACCAAGCUGCGCAUGCCGGCGGCGGCGCUCCAGGUGCCGAUCGGUGCCGAGGACCAGUUUGCCGGUGUCGUCGACCUGGUGCGUUGGAAGGCCGUGUACAAUGAGGGCACCAAGGGUAACCUCGUGCGCGAGAGCGACGAAAUCCCCACCGAGGUCUUGGAGCUCGCGCAGGCCAAGCGCCAGGAGCUGAUCGAGCAGUUGUCGGAUGUCGACGACGAGAUGGCCGAGAUCUUUAUUGAGGAGCGCGAGCCAACGAUCGAAGAAUUGGCAGCUGCGCUGCGCCGCGCGACCGUGGCGUGCCGCUUCUCGCCUGUGUUCCUCGGUACAGCCAUCAAGAACAAGGGCGUGCAGGCCCUCCUAGACGGUAUGUGUGCGUACCUACCGAACCCGAUGGAGGUGCCGGCAAUUGCCAACGACCUGAACGUCGCCAAGAAGGUCGCUGCGCAGGCGAACGAGGCUGGCGAGGAGGCCGGCGCCGUACAGGCCGCUGCACAGGCGGGCUCAGAGGUGCGCCUCGUGCCCGCGACCGAGGCGCCGCUGGUCGGUCUGGCGUUCAAGCUGGAAGAGAGUCGCUUUGGCCAGCUGACCUACAUGCGCGUGUACCAGGGCACGCUGCGCCGCGGCAGCAUCAUUUUCAACUCGCGCACGGGCAAGAAGGUCAAGGUGCCGCGUCUCGUCCGUAUGCACUCCAACGACAUGGAGGACGUGCAGGAGAUUGGCCCCGGUGAGAUCUGUGCCAUGUUCGGCGUCGAGUGCUCGUCCGGCGACACGUUCACGGACGGCAGCACGGCGCUGUCCAUGUCGGCGAUGUAUGUGCCGGAGCCGGUCAUCUCGUUGUCGCUCUCGCCGGAAGGCAAGGACGCGAGUGCCAACUUCUCGCGCGCGCUGAACCGCUUCCAGAAGGAGGACCCGACAUUCCGCGUGCACGUCGAUGCGGAGUCAGGCGAGACGAUCAUUUCGGGCAUGGGUGAGCUGCACCUGGAGAUCUACGUGGAGCGCAUGCGCCGAGAGUACAAUGUGCCGUGCCAAACGGGCAAGCCGCGUGUCGCGUUCCGCGAGACGAUCAUGCAGCCGGCCAAGUUCAACUACACGCACAAGAAGCAGACCGGUGGUGCCGGUCAGUUUGGUCGCGUGAUUGGCUACAUCGAGCCGAUGCGCCUCGACGAGGAGACGGGCAAGGACACGGCGUUCGAGAACAGCGUCGUGGGUGGUAACAUUCCCAGCAGCUACAUUCCCGCGUGUGAGAAGGGCUUUAACGAUGCGCUCGAGAAGGGCGCGCUCGCCGGCUACCCCGUGUGCGGCGUGCGUAUGGUGCUCGAGGACGGUGCCGCGCACAGCGUCGACUCGAGUGAGCUGGCGUUCCGCCUCGCCACCCUCACGGCGUUCCGUGAGGCGUUCCGCGCGGCUGGGCCCACGAUCCUCGAGCCGAAGAUGUCUGUCGAGGUGAUUGCACCCGUCGAGUUCCAGGGUGCCGUGAUCGGCGCGCUGAACCAACGCAAGGGCACCAUUGAGGACACGGAGGUGCGCGAGGACGACUUUACGAUCACGGCCGAGGUCUCACUCAACGACAUGUUUGGCUUUUCGAGCCAGCUGCGUGGCCUGACGCAGGGCAAGGGCGAAUUCUCUAUGGAGUACAAGAAGCACGAGCCUGUGAUGCCCAACGUGCAGGCCGAUAUGGAGGCGGCGUACCGCAAGAGCCUCGAGAAGAAGUAG